AGCAGCCCCCGCCGCCGCCGCAGCAGCAGCCCCCGCCGCCGCCACCGCCGCCUCCGCCGCCGCCUCAGGAGCGGAACAACGCCGGCGAGAGGGAUGAUGUUCCUGCAGAUAUGGUUGCAGAAGAAUCAGGUCCUGGUGCACAAAAUAGUCCAUACCAACUUCGUAGAAAAACUCUUUUGCCAAAAAGAACAGCGUGUCCUACAAAGAGCAGUAUGGAGGGUGCCUCAACUUCAACUACAGAAAACUUUGGUCAUCGAGCAAAGCGUGCAAGAGUGUCUGGAAAGUCACAAGAUCUAUCAGCAGCACCUGCUGAACAGUAUCUUCAGGAAAAGCUUCCAGAUGAAGUAGUUUUAAAAAUUUUCUCAUAUUUGCUGGAACAGGAUCUUUGUAGAGCCGCUUGCGUGUGUAAACGCUUCAGUGAACUUGCUAAUGAUCCAAUUUUGUGGAAACGAUUAUAUAUGGAAGUAUUUGAAUAUACCCGCCCUAUGAUGCACCCUGAACCUGGUAAAUUCUAUCAGAUAAAUCCAGAAGAAUAUGAACAUCCAAAUCCAUGGAAAGAGAGUUUCCAGCAGUUGUAUAAAGGUGCACAUGUGAAGCCGGGAUUUGCUGAGCAUUUCUAUAGUAACCCUGCAAGAUACAAGGGAAGAGAAAAUAUGUUGUAUUAUGAUACUAUUGAAGAUGCCCUCGGUGGAGUACAGGAAGCACAUUUUGAUGGGCUUAUCUUUGUUCAUUCUGGAAUAUAUACUGAUGAAUGGAUAUAUAUUGAAUCUCCAAUCACUAUGAUUGGUGCAGCACCUGGGAAAGUUGCAGACAAAGUUAUCAUUGAAAACACUAGAGAUUCAACUUUCGUCUUUAUGGAGGGUUCUGAAGAUGCGUAUGUUGGAUAUAUGACAAUAAGAUUCAACCCUGAUGACAAAUCUGCUCAGCAUCACAAUGCACACCACUGCUUAGAGAUCACAGUGAACUGCAGCCCUAUUAUUGAUCACUGCAUCAUCCGCAGUACAUGCACAGUCGGUUCUGCGGUAUGUGUUAGUGGUCAAGGAGCAUGUCCUACCAUCAAGCAUUGUAACAUCAGCGACUGUGAAAAUGUUGGACUUUAUAUAACAGAUCAUGCACAGGGAAUAUAUGAAGAUAAUGAAAUUUCUAAUAAUGCAUUAGCUGGGAUUUGGGUUAAAAAUCAUGGAAAUCCAAUUAUUAGACGGAAUCACAUUCAUCAUGGACGUGAUGUUGGUGUGUUCACAUUCGAUCAUGGCAUGGGCUACUUUGAAAGUUGCAACAUACACAGAAACAGGAUAGCGGGCUUUGAAGUAAAAGCCUAUGCUAACCCUACAGUGGUUCGAUGUGAAAUUCACCAUGGGCAGACUGGAGGAAUAUAUGUCCACGAAAAAGGAAGAGGACAAUUUAUAGAGAAUAAAAUCUAUGCAAACAACUUUGCAGGCGUAUGGAUUACCUCAAACAGUGACCCAACAAUAAGGGGGAAUUCUAUAUUUAAUGGAAAUCAAGGAGGAGUUUACAUUUUUGGUGAUGGACGAGGCCUUAUUGAAGGAAAUGACAUUUAUGGCAAUGCAUUAGCAGGAAUUCAAAUUAGGACAAACAGUUGUCCUAUUGUUCGACAUAACAAAAUUCAUGAUGGACAACAUGGUGGGAUUUAUGUGCAUGAAAAGGGACAAGGUGUAAUAGAAGAGAAUGAAGUUUACAGCAACACUCUGGCUGGAGUCUGGGUGACAACUGGCAGCACACCAGUACUGAGAAGAAACCGGAUACACAGUGGCAAGCAGGUUGGUGUUUAUUUUUAUGACAAUGGACAUGGUGUUCUAGAAGAUAAUGACAUCUACAAUCAUAUGUAUUCAGGGGUUCAGAUAAGGACUGGAAGCAACCCCAAAAUUAGACGCAACAAAAUUUGGGGAGGACAGAAUGGUGGAAUUCUAGUUUAUAAUUCUGGUCUAGGCUGUAUAGAAGACAAUGAAAUAUUUGACAAUGCAAUGGCUGGAGUCUGGAUUAAAACAGAUAGUAAUCCUACACUAAGAAGAAAUAAAAUCCAUGAUGGAAGAGAUGGUGGCAUCUGUAUAUUUAAUGGGGGUCGAGGUCUCCUUGAAGAAAAUGAUAUUUUCAGGAAUGCUCAAGCAGGUGUUCUUAUCAGCACUAAUAGUCAUCCUGUCUUAAGAAAAAACAGAAUAUUUGAUGGAUUUGCUGCAGGUAUUGAAAUUACGAAUCAUGCAACCGCAACACUAGAAGGCAAUCAGAUUUUUAACAACCGAUUUGGAGGCUUGUUUUUAGCAUCUGGUGUUAAUGUGACAAUGAAAGAUAACAAAAUAAUGAACAAUCAAGAUGCCAUAGAAAAGGCUGUUAGUAGAGGACAAUGUUUAUAUAAAAUAUCAAGUUAUACCAGCUAUCCCAUGCAUGACUUCUACAGAUGUCAUACCUGUAACACCACAGACCGAAAUGCCAUAUGUGUGAACUGCAUUAAGAAGUGCCAUCAGGGACACGAUGUAGAAUUUAUUAGACAUGAUAGGUUUUUCUGUGACUGUGGUGCUGGAACACUGUCCAAUCCUUGUACAUUAGCUGGUGAGCCUACACACGAUACAGACACAUUAUAUGACUCUGCUCCACCUAUAGAAUCUAAUACGUUGCAGCACAACUGAACUCCUUCCCUAAAGAAAAAGUCCUGCCAUUCUAACAUCGUAACUUAAACAUCUUUUGGAAGAUUUAAAUCCUUGCCCAUGCUACAGAAAGAGACUGUACUGAAACGGUGGAUACACAAGGUCAGUUGACACUAUGAAGCGCAAGCUACCAAAAAGAAAGUGGCAAUAUAUUGACUCAGGAUCUCAACGCUGGGGGUUUAGCAUUACUGUGUAAAGACUUUUGAAGGGACAGAAGUGAAGAAACAAGCUGCAAUUUUGUACAGAUACCAACUUCUGAAAAAGCUGGUGUUUUUACAACUAGCAUUGAAUGCAGUCCGAUUUGCAGUAGUAAUCUUCAAUAGACAAGCAGCUUUGUUGCUGCCUUUAUGGACAUGGGUACCAAUUGCUUUUGUAAUAUGGUAAAAAUGUGAGCUAGCACUUCUGCAUUGAUUUUUUUAACAUGUAUUCAGAUUGAGAAUAUGAUUUUAAUGCUUUAAUCUCAUGUAGUUUGUUUUUAAUUUCAAGCAAAUCUUAUUGUACUUGAAUGUGCCCUGUUUUGUUAGCACACCUAGACUUGCUGUAACUGUACUCAUGUCCCAGUAUGUACGUUCUUUCUAUGAAAGAGAAAAACACUAAUCUUAAAUUAUAUCCAGCAAUGUUUCUGGUAUCCUUUAAGAAAAGUUAAGACUAUUAUUUCCUUCCCUUUCCUGUGCAGCAUUCAAAAAUCACCCUAGAAAAAGUGAGUGUUUUCAUGAGACUUCCUAGGAAGGGAUGCACUGUAAAACAAAAAGUAUUCUUGUAUCUCAGUUUUGUGAAAGGUAAAAACUACUAUGUUUUAAAGUACACUUUAGAAAGUCUCUUCAAAACAGUCCUGUAUUUGAACUCUGUUCAUAGUUUUUAUUUGAACAGUUUAGACAAAACAGCUGGAAAUUACAGCAGUUUCCUGCAUUAAGCUGAGACCAGUAUAUAUACGGCCCUAUACAGUUUCAUAGCUCCCCCCAUUUAUGUGUAUUGGUGACAGUGGGUAUAAACAGCCUGAAAGUGUAUGCAUGUACCAUAACAUCUAGACUUAAUAUAUUGUGGAGUACUCAAUAACCAUUAUGUAGAAGGUAGGUAAGAAUUAAAAGGGUUUAAUUUCCUAGAAAGAAAAUGGAAAAAUGGUCAUUUUUAAAAAAUAAAGUUUAUUAGAUCAUAA